UAAAUUAUUUUUCACACUGCCAACCCCACAAUAUAACCUCCGCUGGAUCUUAUUAUUCUAGAAUUUAUUGAAAAUUCUUUUUAGAUUUUAAUAUCCUAUAAAUCGAUCAAAAUGGCUGAUCUCCCUUACGGACCGCCAGUGCGAGUGUCUCCGUUGAUCAGGUUUGGCCGCUGGUCAUUCCUCGGUCUGGGAGUGGCUUAUGGAGCCUUCCACCAGAACAGGCUAUCUAAGAAGGAGGCUAAGCUUCGUGAAAUCGAGGCUAAGGAGAAAGUCAUCAAGGAUGCGAAGCUGAAGGAAGAGAGGCAACGGGCUGCGGCGGAGGAAUUGAAAAACUUGGAGGCGAUGAUGGCGACGAAGUAGAGGAAAUUGAUAAAUAUUAAGUUAAUAUUACAGUGUAUAACAUGCCGCCAUUUGUGUUAAGAAAUUAAGUUUUUUAAUGUCAAAAAUUGGCGCGAAUUCCAUCGUUAAAUUAUGAAAUAGAUAAAUAAAUAUGG